UUUCUAUCAAAGAUUAUAAACGAGCGAAACUAAUUGAUUUAUCACACAAUCACAAGUUAGACAUGGGAACAAGUUGGUCAGAAGAACAAAAGGGCUCUUCAGAACGGCAAGAUCAACCUGUGUAUCAUUCUGAAUCUGAUACAAUAAGUAGCCAAAAAUCUGAUAUUAAUACACCUGUGCCUAUUACUAGGAAUAAUAAUAAUAAUAGUCAUCAUCUUAAUGAGCCUAAGGAAUCAAAAAGAGUUCUACUUAAGCUUCCACAUAAUUGUGAAGCCAUCAUCAACGACAACUCCGAUUCGCCAAUCGACAAAUCUUCUCCAGAGAAAGUUUAUGAACAACUGCAUGCUGGGGUGUAUUUGAAUGGCAGAAGAAAAAAAUAUUGGGUGGAUAAGAAGGGAAACAACUGCUUUAUGGUGUUUGCCAAUGAUCUCAAGAUAACUUGGGCUGAGAACCCAACCUAUUGGUACUUGCAUACUGCGCAAACCAGUGAUCAUGGGCAAAUCUCUGUAGCUCAACUAAGAAACGUUGCUUGGCUUGAAGUGCACGGAAGAUUCCACACAAAAAAUCUGUCACCUGGAGUUACAUACCAAGUUGCAUUUUCUAUCAUGCUAGAAUACACAUGCUAUGGCUGGGAACUGCCUGUCAAUUUCAGGCUUACACUUCCAAAUGGAAGUAAGCAAGAGCAUAAAGAAAAUUUUAAGGAAAAACCUAAGGGUGAAUGGCUUCGGAUUCCGGUCGGCGAAUUCAAGGCAUCUCCUGAAAAUGUAGGAGAAAUUGAAUUUUCUUUGUAUGAGUAUCAAGGUGGUAGCUGGAAGAAAGGGCUAGUCAUUAAAAGUGCCAUCAUUGAGCCAAAGUUUUGAGUAGUUGCAUGAACCUGAAUCAAUGCACUCUAUUGUCGAAUGUUAUUAUGAAACAAAUUAAGGAGCAUUACUACAAUAGUUACAUACCAUGCAGUUUCUUUGUAUCAUUGGUGUUUUUUUUUUUUUUUUGUUUUAAAAUGUAAAGGCUAUAGUUUUCUUUCCCCUCCCAAAUAAGCUCUCUCACUCUGACAUUUUAUUUUAUUUUUACAGUAAUGAUGGAUAUCUGAAAUCUUGAUUUA